UUUGCAAUUUAAUUUUCAGUCUAAUCAUCUUCACAAGAAUUUCAGUGGGGAAGAGAGAGGAGCCACUCGUCUGGAGCGAUUGGGCUGAAACUAACGAAAAGUUUUUCGUUUUGAUCGUAUUCUCAAUUCGAUUUACGCUGCUUCAAAAAUUUGAUUCUUUAAAUUUUCGAUCGCCCCCAAGGUUUCUCUCACUCGCUCUCUGUGCGUUUUUCAUUCUCCUGUUAAGGUUGAUGAUUUAAUGUAGUGGAAAACGUAUUUUGAAAAUAGAAGGAACUGACAGAGAGAUGGAAUUUGCCAAUUGGUGGAAGCGGUGGAGGUCAUCGCGGCAAUAAGACUUUUAAGGUCACAGAGUUGACAAAUUUGGCGAUCGUUUCCUCAAAGUUCGAACAAGUGGAAUCAGAGAAACUUGGAAUUCUAAGGGUGUUUAGCAAAGACAAAAGGAAAGGGUGGUGAGCGAGAGAAAAUGGGCAAAGGACCAUUUUCUUUUCGCCGGAGUAGUAGUCGUCGCCGCCCUAAGAAGGCGGUCCAGUCGUCACCGUCCUCGUCGCCACAGCCACCUCCGCAGAUUAGCACCAAUUCUCCUCCCAUUAACAAUAAUGGGAAUGGCUUGGUUGGUGGUGGGGGUGGUGGGGCUGUGGGAAAAGUGAAGAAGAAGGCUGGAGGUGCUAGGCUGUGGAUGCGUCUUGACAGGUGGGGGCAAUCGGAGCUUUCAGAGUGGGACAAGAACGCUAUAAUCCGACGUGCUGCAAUUCCGGCUAGGGAUUUGAGGAUUCUUGGUCCUGUUUUCUCACACUCCUCUAACAUACUCGCCAGGGAAAAGGCCAUGGUUGUUAAUUUAGAGUUCAUAAAAGCUAUAGUUACUGCUGAAGAAGUCCUAUUACUUGACCCUCUUCGACAAGAGGUUAUUCCAUUUGUAGAUCAGCUAAGGAAGCUACUCUCUAAGACGGUUUCAUCUCAACUAGAAAAUGAUGGGAAUGUUUCGAGAGGAGAAAAAUGGUUGCCAGUUUCAGAAGCUGCUGAAGGUGAGCAGUAUGAGCUCCCCUUUGAGUUUCAGGUUCUGGAAAAUGCUUUGGAGGUUGUGUGCAUGUACUUAGAUUCCAGCGUGGCAGACCUUGAGAGAGAUGCUUAUCCGGUUUUGGAUGAACUGGCUAGGAAUGUUAGCACCAAGAAUCUAGAACGUGUGAGGAGUUUGAAAAGUAAUCUUACCAGGAUUCUUGCACGUGUUCAGAAGGUGCGGGAUGAGAUAGAACAUCUAUUAGACGAUAAUGAAGAUAUGGCACAACUAUAUUUGACAAGGAAAUGGAUGCAGAAUCAACAAUUCGAUGCUUUGAUGGGAGGUGUGGCUUCCAACAGCACAACUGCUAUUGUUCCUCAUCUUCGUCGACUUAGUUCCACCAGGAGCGGCAGUAUGGUGACCAGCAAUCUUUUGGAUGAUAAUGACGUAGAGGACCUGGAGAUGCUGCUUGAGGCAUACUUUAUGCAGUUGGAUGGGACUCGUAACAGGAUAUUAUCGGUUAGGGAAUACAUCGAUGACACCGAGGACUAUGUCAAUAUUCAACUUGACAACCAAAGAAACGAACUCAUUCAGUUUCAGUUAACACUGACCAUUGCUUCAUUUGCCAUAGCUGUUGAAACCUUAAUUGCCGGGUUGUUUGGUAUGAACAUCCAUUGUACAUUGUACGAGACGGACGGGGUGUUCGGGUACUUUGUCGGAGGUACUUCAGCAGGAUGUUUGUUACUUUUCCUGCUUAUUUUCGGGUAUGCAAAAUGGAAGAAGCUUCUUGGUUCAUGAUUUCACCUCAUUCAGCAUGUUUGAGUUCUUACUUUAUUUUAUAUAAAGAAAAUAAAUACCUGUCAUCACAGAAUGCCAGAAGGUGAUAUUUUCAAGUUCUGAUAGGUUUUAAGUUACAAAUGUCCCAUGUAAAAGUUAUAUUAACAUAACUGCAAUGAUAUGGAAAUAUUACACCAUUUGGUUUCUAUUUAAUGCUCUACUUCUGCAGUA